UUCCCAGCCGGAGACGAGAGAGAGAGGCGCUCGGCCAAAGCCAACGGAACGCUUACCGCAACAUGUCGGAGCCGAAAUACCGACAAUGGAUCCUAGAAACCAUCGACUCCCUGCGCUCGAGAAAAGCCCGACCGGACCUGGAGAGGAUCUGCCGAAUGGUGCGAAGGAGACACGGCUCAGACCCGGACCAAACCAGGGCUGAACUAGAAAAACUGAUCGAGGAGCAAACUGUGCUCAAAGUUAGCUACAAAGGCUCCAUUUCUUACCGGAAUGCCGCAAAAGUGCAAAGAAAAUGCCGUAAGAGAAUGGAGCAAAACAGCGGCAGUGGCGAGUCGGUGCGCGAACCAACCAAACACGCCAACGGCGACAGCGCGCACAGUUUCACGGACCACGGAGAAUGCGAGGAUAGGCAUCCGGAGGACAGAGGGGUGAGUCCGUGCCCUGACCACCUGCCCCAAACCUCGCUUUCCACUCUUGAAAGGGGAGAAAAGGAUUUACCGCAACCUAGCGGAAACCGUUUUAGUUGUGGCGCAACGGGCAGCUCUGUCGGGAGCGUCAAAGCAAGUGCAUCGAAAGACGACAGAUUAAUCGCUCGGGCGGGAGGAAGCGGCUCCGCACUCCGCGGCGAUGCUUCAAGUGCGUGCAAACGGCCCGACGGAGAAAACACGCUCGGUGUCGGCCACGAGGAGGGCAGUGAUGACCAGGAACAGAAAACUUGCUCGAGCGUCAACAGUCCGCCUCCGAGAAACAAGCUCCCCGCGUCCCCCAAACCCAAGGGGUCUGGGACGCGCUCCUCGGAGACCAGCGCUGAUUUAGGCGACCGGCUGGUUGUUGCGGUCCGAAGUCUGUCCGAGAGUCUCCGACGGGGCCACGCACCACUGGCGCUGAAAGAGAUCCUCGGUUACCUAGGCACGCAAAGCGGGAUGCCCGGGGAAAAGCUGACCCGCAAUCGCGUCAAAGUGGUGCUGGAGCGCGAGAUUGAGAUGGGUCGCCUGCGCAGGAGCCGCCUCGGCCACAUCACUCUUCCCGCGAGGGGGAUGGGGGCGGCCAAGCCGUCCGCGCGGCUCCUGAAGAGCGCACUGCAGGACGGACAUCUCGCGAAAAAGGAAGAGGUGAAGGAGGAAGAACGAAUAGAGACAGAGGGUGAGGAGGAUGGAACGAAGAAAAAUGCAGUGAGCACAGCUGAGGAUGUUCCCAAGACCAUUACUGAUGAGGGUCCCACAGGUGUCGAAGCGUGCACGGACCCCAUCUCAACUGACAUGGAAGUUGAGGCUGAUAAUGGCAACAGUUUUCUAAUGACGUCUGAGGGGAAACCCCAGAUAACUUCGCCACUGGAGUCAUCAAACCAGUGCGCCGUACAGCAGGAAGUCGAUGUGGGUGGAAGUGAAGAGCAGACAGUGUCUGUAGAGUCUGAGGAUGCUGGUUUUGAGAACAGUGCAGUUACACCUGAUCAGCUACAUCCUAGCACAGAGGAUAAUGUAAUUGUGACGUCAGACACUGUAAAGGCUCCACUGUCAAUUCCUAUAAGAAACUUUGUGUGUGUUGUAUUUUCAUCAGGUUCAGGCUGUAAGAUGGAAGUGUCGUCAUGUCUGCUGACUCCCUCUGCCUCUCCAGGAGCAGCCGAGGAACGAGGGAUGAAUGAAGGAAUAGGUGGUUUUGUGAAGUUGGAGUCAAAUGGUUUGAACCCGGCUGACUGGACUGUAGCAGAUGUGGCCAGCUAUUUCACCACAGCUGGAUUCCCGGAGCAAGCCCACGCCUUCAGGACACAGGAAAUCGACGGGAAGUCCCUCCUCCUAAUGCAGAGGAAUGAUGUGCUAACAGGCCUGUCAAUCAGGCUGGGUCCCGCCCUAAAGAUCUAUGAACGUCACGUGAAGAUGUUGCAGAGGACCCACUUCCAAGACGAUGAAUCAUUCUGCUGAUACAGGCACAUGUUUGCUAUUACAAAUGAACUCGUAUGUACAUAAACCAAACAAUAUUAGCUAAUGUUGAGGAUUUUGCUCUUUCUUCAAAGAAAAAACAUUCCAGAGUUCUCACACGCAGUGAGAACUCCCAUGGAUAUUGGGAUUAAGAAUAUUGACAUGAAAAACAUGACUGAAAUUAACAGAACUAAAUGGGAAAACAGGAGCAUAGGAGUUGUUCCCACUGCACCCUUCUUUUUUUUCUUUUUUUGGAAAGACUUUUGGUUCUGUGCAUUUAAAGGGGACAUAUUAUGCCCCUUUUUACCUCAGGUGUCCCCAGAAUGUGUCUGUCAAGUUUCAGCUCAAAAUAACUCACAGCAGUAGCGGAUUUAGGCAUGG